AUGGUUAAUGGGUUGAAGACUCUGAUUUUGAGAGAGAAUGAGUGCGCAUACUAUAUUCAUUGUUUUGCACACCAACUGCAGUUGGCUUUGGUAGGUGUGGUAAAAAAACAUCAUGAUGUGUCAUGGAUGAAGGGCAAGGAGAACAAAAGGGUUUCACAAAAGGUCUUUUGUUUAAUGUGUCAAUUUGACUUUGUAUUCAACCUACAAUUGCUGAAAGCAAUAUUGGCAAUAACGAAUGAGUUGUCACAAGCGUUGCAGAGAAAAGACCAAGACAUUGUGAAUGCGAUGAGUGUUCCUAUCAUGGAAGAGCAUUAUUUAGUUGGAGGAAGAUCAAGAUGUGGAGGACAAAAGGUAACAAAUUUACAUCAUUAUCGCAUUGAAUUGUUCUACACUGUGCUAGAUAGACAGUUUAGAGAGCUGAAUGAUUGCUUCACUGAGACAACUACAGAGUUACUUAUUUGCAUGGCAUGUCUCAAUCCUAAUGAUUCAUUUUCAGCGUUUGAUAAGCAUAAGCUCAUCCGGCUUGCAGCUUUCUAUCCUAAUGAUUUUACUUUAGUGGAGCUUAUAACUUUUGAAGAUCAACUUGAUACAUAUAUCUUUGAUAUGCGUCAUAGUAAAGAGUUUGAACAGUUGAAAAGACUUUGUGAUUUAUCUGAGAAAAUGGUUCAACACAAAAAGAAGCAAUUGUAUCUGUUAGUGUAUUGA